AUGUAUCGCUCUUUAGUAUUAUUGGGAUGUCUGCUUGCUUUAGGUCAAGCCACCGAAGUAAAACAAUGUGGCGACAACAAACCCUUUCCCUUAGAUGUGCGUGUCAAAGGCUGUGAUAUACCACCGUGUGAUAUUGUUAAGGGAACAAGUGUGGAAUUUGAAAUUGAUUUAGUAGCCUAUAAAUUCAUUACCAGCGCCACCACCUUGGUAAAGGCCAAAACUUUGGGUAUAACAGUGCCCUAUGAAUUACCAGAGGAUGUACGCGAUGUCUGCUCCAAUCUUAUGUAUGAGGCCUAUUGUCCGCUCUAUGACACGGAAGAUGUCACCUACUUAUUCUUAUUUCCCAUUGCCAGCAAUUAUCCAGAAAUCAGUGUGAAUGUUGAAAUUUAUAUAGUGGAUCAAGAUGAAGAUAUGGUGACUUGUUUUAAAUGUGAUAUUAAAGUGAAAAAAGGUUCUACGCCAAAUACAAAAGCUAUUUAUGAGUUGAAUUGGUUAAAUAACUCUUCCAUAAGCUAAGGA